AUGGUGAUCAGGUUGAUAGGCAAUGAACUGUUUCUUCACCGCCUCAAAGGACUCCUCGUCGCUUGGCUUGAUCAGAGUGUGCAGUUUUGGAAUCAGCAGCUGGUAGAAAUUCCACAGAUAGUCUGCGGUCUUGGUACAACCUUUAUUGACGGUGCUUGGCUCCCAGUCCUCGAUGUACUUGAGUCGUUUGGAGUCGUUGAUCAGAACGCACAGCACACCGUCGACGAAAUUGGUGUUGAUCCGCUGCAUGGUGGACAGAAACAGGUCAUACUCGACAGAAGUUUUCUUGCUCAGUUUGGCAAUAUUCUUCUCCAAGUCGCGUUGGAGAUUGAUGCAGUUGGUCAGCGUGGUCAGCACAGACGAGUGAGGCGGGAUGAACCCAAACGAGUCCAGGUCAAACAGGUUUUUGUGCAAGUUCUGGUCAAAGUUGAUUUUGGAGCCGGCCAUGCUGAGCUGCGCGCUCGUGGCGUCGAAUAUAAAUCGCAGCUGUUGUAUUCCAGAUUCAGGAAGUACGGUAUUGGGUUUUCAUCAACACCAAGUUCCAGCAGUUUCUUGAUCGUUGGGAGGAACGAUUGGUCUGUCUGUGCACUGGAAAGCUCGACGUUCUCAAUAUGCACGUUUCCCAGCUUCUCCCACAACUGUUUCUUGUAUCCUGAUAAAAUGUCCUCCACUUCCAGCCAGAUCCUGUCGAGAACAGGUCUGUUGCUAGGAUUGUUCCGCAAAGACGCCUGGUACACCUUCUUCCCGGAGUUGUACUCUGUCAAGAUCGAGUCGAAGUCGCCAAUUGAGACCAACUCAGUAAAUUUCUUUGGAAGAUCAAGCAAUACGCUGUUGUUUGUAAGCAACGAGAGGAAGUUUUCGAUUUCAUUCGCACGAUCCAGUCCGUCCAGAACCGGGUUCAACAUCAUCGUGGACGAAACGUUCGCCUUGGCAAUCGACUCGCUCAGGUUCGAAACGUUUUCGGACAAAUUGCUCAUCGAGUACUCGCUCCGGGCAUUGAAGGCCUUGGAAUCGACCAAAUACUUGGUCUUCUUGGGGUCUCUGGAGUCGUCGAUCACGUCCUUGUCGAUCAAUUCGUCCAGAACGGACUCAUGGAACCCUAGAGGGUCGCCCACGUUCAACGCCGACCGCCGGCUCUGUGCGACGGGCUCGUCGGGCUGGUCUGUUAGAAACUUGUUGAGCUGUUCCUUGGGGAUCUUUCUGGCGAUUUCGUCCAGGUCGAUGUCCUCGUCCUGCACAAUCGGAUUCGACCCGGUCGAUGCACCAGCGUAA